AUGUCUCAUUUUGAUCAAGACAUUGAUGCAGGACCUUCUUGGUCUAUUGAAGGCGAUGGCAGCAAUGCGUUUAAUACCUCUCGAUCAGCCUAUUUCGAGCAAUCGCAGCAUUUCGGAGCAUCGUCUUCUAGUAGUAGUGCUGCUGCUGCUGCUGCUGCUGCUGCUGCUUUCGACCCUUUUCAAUCUGAAGACAGCAACGACGACGAGUACAAUACAGCUACGACGUAUAAUAGUAAAAAGCCAAUACAUUCAUUUCAGAAACACAAUGACGACAAUAAGGCUGAACCGAUGACGAUUCGAGUGGACGAUCCAGUCAAAGGCAGCGAUGGUUCAUAUAUCACUUACCGAGUGUUUACAAUGACUGCAUUAGAAAUGUACAAUGUGGAUAAUCGACCCGUGCGACGACGAUUCAGAGAUUUUGUAUGGCUACAUAAUGCAUUGAGUGUUGAAUUCCCUGCUUGUGUUAUUCCUCCUUUGCCCGAGAAACAUCGCAUGAAAUACAUGAAAGGGGAUCGAUUUGAUCCAAUGUUUAUAGAGCAAAGAAGAUUAGGACUGCAAUGGUUCAUGGAUCGAAUUGCAAGACAUCCAAAGCUGCAAACGUCGAAACAUACAAAGGUGUUUCUAGAGUCGACUGAUUUCAAUGCAGACAAGCACAUGCAGACCAAAUCCGCGCCAUCCACACAUUCCAUGUUUGGCUCCUUUUUCAAGUCACUAGCCAAGGUGAAGAAGCCGGACGAGAAAUUCGAGGAAAUGAAGGAGACGAUUGACAAGUUUGAAGACAACCUGACUAUUGUGGAAAAGUUAUACUCGAGAAUCAGCAAACGACAGCAGGAAUUGGAGCAGAAUUACGACCAUUUUGCAGGCAGCAUCCGAGGCUUAUCGGGACUCGAGACAAACGUGGAUCAGCCAUUGCGCCAAUUUGCAGAGGCUACCGAGAUGUAUGUGGAGGCACUGAAAGAGAUGCGCAAGCAAGAGGAUUUAUUGUUCUUGAACGAUAUGCAUGAAUUAUUGAAUUAUUGUAACGCAGCCAAGGACCAGCUGUUAGAAAGGGAUCAAAAGCAAGUGGAUUUUGAAGAUUCGUCCACGGCACUUCAGUCGAUUGUCUUGGAGAGAGAGCGAAUACUGUAUCCGGGCAAGAACAUGGGCACCACAGUGGGCAUGAACAUCACCGAGCUAAUGACAGACAAAAUGAGCGAUACCAGCAAGACGAGAAAUGAACGGGUGUUGAGGCUGGAAUCCAAAAUCAAAGAAUUGCAGGAUCAAGUUGCCAAAGCAAACGAUAUCAACAACAGUUAUUCCAGUCAAAUGAUCAAGGAAUUUGAGAUUUUCCAAAGGGCUAGAGAAGCUGAACUGAAGCAGGGAUUGGCAGCCUACGCAGACUGUCAUAUUGAUUUUUACAAAAAGAGCAUCUCUAUUUGGGAGAACAUUUUGCCAGUUUUAGAUCAAAUUCAACUCGAAGAUUAA